GUAGGCUUCGAGAAAAGCACAGCUACUAAUACCACUAAUACUGUCACCACCUUUGCGAUAUUCUUCUUGAUAUAUCGAGAACAAUUGAUGAAUACCAACUAACCCCUGGCCACUUUCGUAUAUAAAUCUACCGAAUACGGGUUGUUAGUGAUCACUCGUCCGGUGGAAACUUAAGUGUGAAGUUUAACUCCGAUAAGUGACAACUCCUGUUUCAAAAGGAUAAAACCGCAAUUCUUGUAAUACAGUGAAGAUCCUUGUCGGGUAUUUAAGAAUACAGUGUUCAGUGAAAUACAUCAGCAUGCAGUGGUUCACUUUAGCUUUCGCCACCUUGGCCGUUUUCGCCAUGUGCUCGGCUCGUACAAUUCCCAACGGAAUGGUAUUUUACCAAUCGGCACCAGUGUAUUAUAAACGUUCUGCGCCUGUACACCGGAUGAUGUACGUGCAAUAUUUACCGCAACAUGCAAGCAGACGUUCAGCAACCGCUGGAGGUGUUUCCGCAUUCGCCGCUGGAGAUACUAUUGCCACCGGAACCUAUCUUAGGGACUGUAUUCACAAUACAGAAAAUAAUGAAUACUCAUCGCAAGAGAAGGCUGCAGUAGAAUAUCAACCCGAAAUUCCUCAAGAUCCUGUCUCCGAUCAAGGAGCUGUGUCUAUUGCUGAAGCUUAUCCCGAACAAAAUCUUGCAGCACCCGAACAGUUAGAAGCGGAGGAGCCAACCUUCGAAAAUGAUCCCCUUAAAAUCACUAUUACACAACCCGAACAGCAAGCCGAAUUAGUACCAGAAACCCCACAACCCACAUUACCACCUCAAGAUCCAACUGCAAGUCUACCAGAAGUAACCGAAUCUGCUCCCGAAGUGAUCAUCGAAAUCAAGAAAGAAAAAACACCGAAACAACUCGUUCCCCAAGAACCAGCCCUCCUUGAACCAGAACCAACUGGUGCCAUUUACUCAGCCGAGGAAGCUCCAGCUAAUGAAAUCGAGCCUCAAGCAGAAGAACCUGCUGAAUUACCAGUUGAAUUACCAGUUGAAUUACCAGUCGAAUCACCAGUCGAAUCACCAGUUGAAUCACCAGUUCAAUUACCAGUUGAGGUCCCCGUUCAAACUCCUGCAGCUAGUCCCGCUAAAGCUUACAUUCCACCUAAGAAGAAGAUCCGUGUUGAACUCGAAGCCCCUGAGAGUACCGAAUAUGAAGAUGAACCACAAUACUAUGUGCCACAGUACCACAAGAAGAAUAAGGCCGUCGCACCAACUAAGAGACCAUCAUCACUCCCAGCUGGAACUUUCUUCCCUAUUGAUUUCGGAGGAACAUCUGGUGGGGCUAUCGCAAUUGCCAACAGUUUCAGCACUGGCGAGGGUGGAUCAGCCACUAGUACCGCAACAGCCUACGGAAGCCCAGCAGUAGCGCGAUCAAAAGCUGCCAGAAAACGUCUUGCACAACAAUAGGAACUCCCAAUGAUGAUCUUCAGCUAAAUUAAUUAUUUAUUACGAUUAAAGCAUGCCCGGCUUCAAGGCCGAUUCGAUUCUCUUGCUAAAUGUAUACAUUCGCGAUAUCAAAACCAGAAUGGUGUAAAAUUUCUUCUAAAAGUGAUACUCAUGUUUUAAAAUAAAAUAAGAUAUGAACGA